UGGGCUAGACCAUAGCAUUCGCAGGGCGGGAAAGAAACGGCUGCACGCUCCUAAUUCCGGAAGUGCGCGUGUGAACGUGAAUAGGGGGGGAAAGGUGUCCUUCCGGAAGUCCGUUCACGAAUGUUGGAGGUCCAGCUUGGCGCCGAAGGAGGCUUCAGCCUUCGCCAUGAGCACGUGCUCGGUUUCCAAGGGCUGCUUUGUAUUCAAGCCAAAUUCUAACAAGAGAAAAAGGUCUUCAGCAGCUGACUAUUUCAAUAAGGGAAACAAUGAUUUGGAUAAUAGUGAGUUACGACUUGAUACUUGUCUGUUGUUAUGGAAACAAAUUAAAUCUGAAACAGAGCAACUACAAGAGGACUUGAAUAAGAACCUAUUCGAUAACCUCAUAAAAUUUCUGAGACAAUCUCAUUUAGAUUUCAAAGAAAAGAAAGCAGAAUGGAUUUGUCGGAUGAAGUCCAGCGAAAUUCCUACUGCAGCUAUUGUUCUAGGUGUAAAUGUUACAGACCAUGAACUAACAAUUAAAAGUCUCUCUGAGGUUCUUCGAGAUGAGGUCACUCCUUUUGUGGUGUCACUGAAGGCCAAAGAAUGUCCAGGAAUAAAGCAGCUGCUACAAAAGUUGAUUAUACAGCUCAUGGGCUGUGACGUAGAAGUGGAUUCGUCUGAAGAAGAAGAAUGUCCCAAGAUUUCGUCCCAAAGGGUACGCUGCUCUGUAGCAUCGCUUACCGAUUGGUAUAAGAAUGUAAUCCAAAAAACUGAAACUGAAUCUCCAUGUAAGAAGAGAACAUUUUCAUCCAGACACUGGGAAUCUCCUCCAGUUGUAAUUAUUUUCAAGGAUAUGGAAAGUUUCACAACCAAAGUUCUGCAGGAGUUCAUAAUUAUGAGCAGUCAUUGUAUACGUGAAUUUCCACUGGUCCUUAUUUUUGGAAUUGCUACAUCUCCAAUGGUCAUCCAUAAGCUGCUUCCUCACUCAGUGUCCUCUUUGUUAUGUAUAGAACUCUUCCAAUCUCUUUCUUCCAAAGAACAUUUAACUAAAGUGAUAGAUAAGAUACUUCUGACCAGUCAGUUUCCAUUCAAAAUUAGUGAGAAGGUUCUGCAGGUGUUAACAAAUAUAUUUUUGUACCAUGAUUUCUCGGUUCACAAUUUUGUCAAAGGAUUUCAGCUGUCACUGUUGGAACAUUUUUAUUCACACCCUCUCAGUGUGCUAUGUUGUGAAGUGCAAGAAUCUGAGAAAAGAGUACAACUUUUAUCACAUAAUCAGUUUGAAAAUAUUCGAAGAUUACCAUCUUUUAGAAGGUUUGUCGAAAGCCAGGAAGUAGAGAAGCAGGCUGCAUUGCUGACAGAUGACGAAUGUUUAAAGGAAACAACACAAAUAUUGCUAAAAGAUCUCUAUAGUUACCAUGAAAAUUAUUUCCCAAUUUUGCGGUGUCUUCAUGCUUUCACAUCUUCUCUUCCAAAGUACCCAUUAGGCAAACAAAUCAGAGAGCUGUAUUGUGCAUGUUUGGAAAAAAGCGUAUGGGAAAGAGAGGAAUACGAGUCUGCCAUGCAGCUGGUGAGGAUGUUGGCCAAGGAUGAGUUGGUGGCUACUCUUGAAAAAUGUGUGGACAUUCUUAUAUCGUCUUCUGCAAAGUGUCUUAGAAAGGCUUUAGAAAAAUUGGAGGAAUAUGUCCAUCUACUUAAAAAUCUUGAAGAAGCUAGCGGUGAUCAAGAAAAAUCCAUAUCCUCACUGGAAGAGCUUCAGAAGAAAACAGAUCUGUAUCAUCUUCAAAAGACUUUGUUGGAGAUGAAAGAGUCAAGGAGAGUAAAGAAACUAACGAAUUACCUUGCACCUGCAGAGAUGCAAACACUGCAUGAGGUGAUGUAUUUCAAUGCAGCUAAUACCCUCCGAGAGCAUUUGAAUGCCACCCCACGUGCUGCUCUCCACACUGCUCUCAACAAGCCAUACUUCUAUCUUAAGGAUGACUCCUUGAAAUGUGAUGCAGAAUCUAUUUCUGAUGCAGCUCCUGAUAUUUGCAUAGCAUACAAGCUUCAUUUGGAGUGUGGCAGAUUGAUUAACCUGGUUGACUGGUUGGAGGCUUUUUCAACAGUUGUAACUGCAGCUGGAAAUACAGAUUCCACAAUAAAAAACCAGACAGAUGACAUUAUCCAUGCUCGGUUCAUUAGAGCAGUGUCAGAAUUGGAAUUUUUGGGAUUCAUAAAACCCACAAAACAGAAAACGGAUCACGUGGCAAGGCUGACAUGGGGUAGUUGUUAAUAUGCAGUUCUCGUGCAAAUGAAAGCUCAUCUAUGAAACAAGAUUCUGUGGCAGUUAAGAGAAAUAUUAUCCACUGUAAUAACAGCAAUAAAGUAUACAAAACGA